AUGACGUUACUUUGUUUGCUAAAUCGGGGAGGAGCUGCUCGCGGCCUUCGAUCCACGUCAUAUGCAUCCUCCACGAUAUGUUGCGGCAGACAUAAUAUCAACAUAAAUCCCACACCAACCGCCGCCAGGGGAUCACAGCUCAGAUUGAACUUCACCAACACCUACCCACGGUACUGUGCUACAGCAAGCCAACCACUUCACACCAUGGGAUCCGUUGAUAAACCAAGCCUGGCAGGCAUUGACCUUCCAAUAAUCAAGCUCGAUACCACACUCACCGAGCUCUUCAGACGAGCGAGCCCACAAAAUGCAAGCACCCGUUUGGGAAUGGUGUUUUGUGGUGUCAACAGCGGCGUUGACCUCAACCCAGAUUUUCCACGCAACACAAAGUACCUCUAUCAAGACAGCCCUUUCAACACCGUCCCUCGGAAAGAGCUCACACGAAAGAACCACGACCUCAGGAAGUCCCUAGCUAUGAAGUAUCUCAGCCUCAUCCCCCAAAGAGACGCCUUCAUCGCAGGUCCAUCCCCAGUGAUCAUGUUCAACAUGAAUCAGUCCCCCGCCACAGUCGCCCACGAUCGUGAAGAAGCCACCACCACCCUCUCCGUCCUCGACCCCUCCCAAAGACCCAACCUUGUCUUCUGCCCCGGCCCGUCCAAGAUCCCCAUGAGAGAAUACGGCAUCGACAAGAUCACCUACAAAAUCGUCGCUGACGGCCUGGAGUCAUAUCCCCUAACCCACUCCCUAGAAACCCACUGGAUCCUCAACUCCAAAGCCGGCCUCGCCAGGUCCGGUCUCCCCACGCCCAGGUGCGACAUCAUCUCCGUCAAGGGAUACCCCCCAGCCUCUCCCAGAUCCUGCUGCGACGCCUGCCGCGCAGACAAGCGAUCCAACGAUUUAACAUUCAUCCCCGAAUCUUGCUCCGGCCCAAGCGGUCAAUGGGUGAAGACCGAAUCUGCCAAAGUGCUCUCUGCCAUCUCCUCCCGGCCGGUGCCGUUUGUUCUCAAGAACCAGCAGGUUUUCGGCGGAGCGGGAACCUGGGUGGUGACCACGCAAGAACAAAAAGACGAUUUGCUGUCUGAUUUCUCCAGCCCCGACGGCCCCCUGAGGAAGUUACUGUCCCAAGUCACUCCCGAGAAUCAUCACAUGGAUCCCGCGGCGGUGGUGAUCUCGGAUAUGGUCUCCAACCCCAUCGGGGACUACGGCUUGACCUUUUUUGUCAAUGAGGACGGGGAGCCUGUUUUCUUGGCGGCAUCAGAGCAAAUGACGGACGGGAAUAACGCCUGGGUUGGCAGCACCAUAGUCUACUCGAGGCAGGAGGCACUGUACGAGAGAUUCCAAGUGUUGAUGUCCCGGACUGCGGAAUUUGUGGCGAAACAUGGGUAUGUCGGGCCGGUGGGGAUCGAUGUCUUGGAGACGGGGACAGAAGGGGAGACGGAGACGCAUUGUGGGGAGAGAACAAAGUUUCACGUGGUGGAUUUGAAUGUUAGGACGUCGGGGAGUCUGGCCUUGCCGUUGCUGAAGGGGCAUUUCACCCAAAGGGGGCUGGAUUGCGCCAGCAGUUUUGGCAUUACGGUUAAGGGCGGAAGGGAGGAGUUUGUGAGGAAGUGGAGGAGGGAGUUUGAGGAGGGAAGGAUGUUUGUGUUGAGUUGGUAUGAGGAUCGGGAGGAGGGGGCGAGCAUUGCGGAUGUGGUUGUGGGGGCGGAAAACGAGGAGGGGUUGCAAGGGAUGGUUGAGCGGGUUAGGGAGGGCAGCGAGGAGGUUAUUUUCUAA